AUGCAGAGACUGGAGUGCUGCUUGUACCCAUUACCGCCCCCUUGUGCAAUGCAGCAGGCUGCAAGGUUCCUUAGACGAGGUCUUGAAACCUUGUCUGAUGGCGCGAUCAAAAAGGCCACUUCAUUGAAGUAUGCUAGCCAUGAAAGGAUAUAUCACAACAUUCUAGCUACGGCCUGGAAAAUUGAGGAGAAAGAAAGAGCAAUUAGCUUUCUGAAUCAAGCUCAGAGUGACUACAAGCAGUCGCUAUCUAUUGCUGAUACCGACUUGGAAGAGUUGAAGGAUCACCUACACAUGCAUGGGCUGGACGCCGCAGAGAAAGAUGAUAUUGACCCAACCAAUGAAGAAUCAGAUGGCAAUGAUUCUUCAUCUGAACCACAGGCAAGCUCUCCUGGUAGUCUUUGA